AUGAUCAAAGCCCAGAACGAGAGUCGAUUUAGAUCUGAGCUCGCUCUGGAGCUGAUUCUAGUUUUAAAUAAACCCUUGGCAGGACUGCCAAAUGGCCAACUAGACAAUGCAGCGGAUGUCCUUCUCGCGGGGGCAUGUUUUGCCAACAAGCAAACCCCAUGGGCCACAGCAGACAGCUACAAUGCGGCAUCGAUGCUCAUGAACGUGUGGGUUCAGAACACUCGUCACAGUGAUACAUUCUGGCCUGUCAUCGACUUCAUCCUCAGGGAAAGAAUUAGGCCUCUUUUUGCAAAGACCAAGAAUCCCGCCAUCACCAGUGCCGGCCGCAAGAACUUCCACCCUCGAACUCUACCUCGCUUCGGCGCAAGCGAUCUAGACACAUCGGCCAAACCUUGGAAGACCACCGAUGUAUAUGUCGCAGCUGUGCUGUCAUGGAUGCUCUCUCAAUACCAACCCGAGGACAAGACACAUUUCGAAGCGCACUUCCAGCUUUUUGUGCCUACUAUUCUAGCAAUGGUUGAUGACAACAAUCUCCCGUUCAAAACUGAAGGAUGUGUCCUACUCACUCAACUACUGCGACCGAUCCAAGAAAGUGGCUCGGACAUCCUCCAACGAACCAACCUCACCUCCGUCUUCGAAGACGCCGUCACCCCUUGUCUUCUUUCCCUGCCAUCCAUCACACCCGAGGAUAGAUCCCUCGAGCUACUAGGAGCAGCAUACCCGGCCCUCCUCUCCACCCUCAAAACCGCCUACCAAGGCCCCACUCAAUCCGAAAAGAAUAAAAAGGCCUACACCACCAGCCUGGCCAAAAUCCUCCGAUCAAACCUCAUCUCCUCAUUCCACCACGUCAGCUCCAGCACUCCAGCCUCUGGCUCAACAGCCUCCUUCCCACAUCCCCGCCUCUCCACCUUCCUCCUAGAAAAGAUUACAGUCAUUGUCGCCGAGCUGGGAAUCCAUGCCACAAAGUACCUCCAAGAACUCAUCCCAAUCCUCUAUAGCACACUAUCAAACCCCUUCGGAACAGCAUACCCUCCACUGCUGCUUGCCGCAGCAGUAGCUACACAAGCGGUGAUCAAGAGCGCACACCCACGGAUCUGGCGCUGGCGCGGUGAAAUCCUAAGCGGGCUGAGUUCGUGCUGGCUUCAUGCUGCCGAUGACAGCGGGGAUUCCGUGGCUGAACUAGCCAAGCUGAAGUGCGAGUUGCAGCAGACGCUUCAGAUUUUGAAGCUUGUUUUGCUGAAUCCGAUUGCUAUUGCGGCCGAUGUCCCAGAGCCGGAACAGGUGCAGGUGAAGGAAAAUGUGGAGAAAGAGUUCCAGGAGCUUGUUGAUGCGGAUGCAGAGCUUAAGGGUCUUUUUAUUUGA